AGGUUGAAGCCUGUGAACAUCGUGAAUAUGGUUAUGCCAUGUUAGAUAUCCAUCGUUUCCCCGAUCAUCCCUUUGCCGACAAAUUGUUGCAAGGUAUUCAAGGUCCGGCUGAAGUCUGGAUGUCUCAUGGCGAUCAAGUUACUGGCGCCGCCGAGAACUUUUUGGUGAUAGGCACUACUGGUACUGCACCCUUUGCCGCUGUUGCUCACAAGGAUAAGCCGUUUUUUGGUAUUCAACUCCACCCGGAAUUAACUCACACUGCUUGCGGUAAGGAUGUAUUACGUAACUUUGUUACAAAUAUCUGUCAAGCCUCUCCUUCUUGGACCAUGGAAUCGUUUGUAGAAAAAGAAAUUGCCCGUAUCCAGCAAAUUGUCGGUCCUACAGGUCGUGUUAUUGGUGCUGUCUCUGGUGGUGUUGAUUCGACUGUGGCAGCUAAACUAAUGCAUGAGGCUAUUGGUGAUCGUUUCCAUGCCAUCCUUGUGGAUAAUGGUGUUAUGCGUUUAGAUGAAUGUGCUAAUGUCAAGAAAAUGUUGGUGGAUAAAAUGGGUAUCAAUCUUAAAAUCGCUGAUGCCUCUGAUUUAUUCCUGGAUCGUCUUGCCGGUGUUACUGAUCCCGAGAAGAAGCGUAAGAUUAUUGGUAACACAUUUAUUGAGGUUUUUGAAGCUGAGGCAGCUAUUGUUGACAAGGAAUGUGGCGGAGAAAUCGAGUACUUGUUGCAAGGAACUCUAUAUCCUGAUGUGAUUGAAUCCAUCUCUUUCAAGGGCCCUUCUGCUACCAUCAAGACUCAUCACAAUGUUGGCGGACUUUUGGAGGAUAUGAAGCUUAAAUUGAUUGAGCCUCUUCGUGAACUAUUCAAGGAUGAGGUGCGUGAAUUGGGAAGAAUCUUGGGUCUCGAUGAUGAGUUAGUUUGGCGUCACCCUUUUCCCGGACCAGGUAUCGCUAUUCGUGUCCUUGGUGAAGUGACGCGUGAACAAGUGCAAAUUGCUCGUUUGGCUGAUCAUAUCUAUAUCGAAGAAAUCAAGAAGGGAGGUUAUUAUCGCCAAAUAUCUCAAGCUUAUGCCGCUUUAUUACCAAUUAAGGCUGUAGGUGUUAUGGGAGAUAAGCGUACUUACGAACAAGUUAUUGCAUUGAGAGCUGUUGAAACUACCGAUUUCAUGUCUGCUGAUGUUAUGAUUGGAGCAGAAUGGUUCUUGACCCUGAAGCGUAUUUCGUCUAGAAUCAUUAAUGAAGUCAAGGGAGUCAAUCGUGUUGUAUAUGAUAUUAGUUCUAAACCUCCUGCUACCAUUGAAUGGGAGUAAAAAAAAAAAAAAUUUAUAAAAUAGAAAAUAAAAUAUAUAGAAAAACAACAAAUUAAGUUAAGUUUUAUUGAUGCAGGAA